AUGUCCAAUUGCAUCAUCGACCCUGCCUUUUUCCGCCAUAGUCUCUAUUCGAGUUGGCAACUGCAUAAUAUCUUUCCGCGGCGGCAGCGGCUCUCGGGCAGUACACACAUGUCCAUCCAACUGCCUCCCUGGAGACCCUUCGUUUUUGGCUCAAAAUUCGUGCCACCCGCAGAAGGGUGGCACUAUAUCGGAGCUGGCACUAACAAAUAUGGCACUAUAUCGCGACCCCCCCCUGUAUAA